AUGCAGUCAUUAUGUUAAAUGAGUCCAGAAUCAAAUCCUCAAAAUAAAUAACAAUUCUAAACCUGUUUUGAUCAAAAUGAGUCAGCGUUUUUAAGUCCCAACACAUAAUCUCUUUAAUAACCCAAAUAUAAAGUUAGAACCUUAAGACCUAAAUCAAUUCUUGAAGGUGAAUUAGCUAGAUUCAGCAAAUCAAGAAAUUUACUUACAAUGAAUAAUUAUGAAUGUAUUAAAUGUAAAAACGAGAAAGGAAAUAUAGCAAUAAAGUUAUGCCAAUGCUUAGAUAUAUAUUACCAUAUUAUUUGUAUCUUAGAAUAUGCUGAUCUUCAUCCUAAGUUAGGACUCAAUUUAUUUAGAUGCUAAUUUUGCAAUGAUUACUUCCCAAUUUAAAUAAAUGAAAAGUAUAAUAUAUAUAAACUAUCAGACUGAGCACAUAAAAUUUAAGCAAGAAACAAAAGUUUGUAUUCUUAAUGAGCUUGUCCAUGUUGUUUUCUUUGGUUACAUUAGAAAUUGUGGCUCUUUCAUUGUUAGAACUAGAUCAGAUAUAUCUAAUUUUAUUAAUAAUACUAAUAAUUAUUGAAUUAUUGGUAUUAUUAAUAAUUUUCAGUAAAUUUUAUCAUUUAUGUUACUUAAUCGAAUAUGAUAUAAAAGAAUAUAAGUUAGGAUAAGAAUAUGAUUAAUCUUAAUUGGAAUCAUUUACUCUUAAAGUUGUUAAACAACUAUAAUAUAAAAGAGCCAAGAGAGUAAUAUUUGAUUAAGUGAAAUGA